UCCAUUCCUCUACCAAGUACCACCUACGUGUCAAUAGGAAAAAGCGGGUGAACAGACACAGAUGACACCGGCGGGGGACGUAAUAAUCACCCCCUUGUGCGGGUUGAGAGAGACCGGCAAGCUCUCGUCUGGUGCUUUUCCAUAUAUGCUCAUCGGGAAGUGCGAAGAAGUGAAUUGACUUUGAGGCUCUCUCCCUGAAACGCUGUAAGGGGGCAAGAUCCUAGGGUUUGUUUCUUUCAUUCUUCGGAGCCGACAAUGUAUUUUCCUAAGGCGAUUGAAAAUACAUAAAAAAAAAAAAGGUCGUGCCUUGGUGCGAUGGCAAGUGCCUCCGCCUCAGUACGGGUGGUCUCGGGUUCGAGACUUGGGAGCGGCCUCUCCAAAAAUGGGGCCAGUGGUGUGAUUGAGUGUGUGACAGUUUUGAGAAGCAUGCAAUCAAAGUCUAAUAAAAAACAAUUGGAACCUGCGGUUCAUGCCAUUCCACCAUCUGCGGUUUGUUCAGAACCUUGGUGGCGUAGUCUUGGGUAUAAUCCCAUUUCUACUGCUGUAGUAGGAGGAAACACGUCCAGUUCAUCUUCAAUUGAACACCCAAAUAGCAGCGGCGUCGAAUCCAAAGAUGGUCAAUCACAGUCAAAUGGUGGACAGAAGGAAGAAAAUGACGAUGAUGUUAAUGAAGAUUCACAGACCUCUGCAUCUCCACAGUCAGAUCGAAAUUAUGGUCAAGAACCUGAGAAUUUGCAGCAUGUUGCAUCCAGCAUACCUGCAGGGAAUGAUGGAGGUCUGACACAACCCACCCAGCUUGAACUUGUUGGUCACUCAAUUGCAUGUGCAUCAAAUCCAUAUUCAGAUCCAUAUUAUGGGGGAAUGAUGGCAGCUUAUGGACCUCAGCCUGUGGUUCAUCCCCAUUUAGUUGGACUACAUGGUAGAAUGCCUUUACCCCUUGAGAUGGCACAAGAGCCUGUUUAUGUGAAUGCAAAGCAGUACCAUGGGAUUUUGAGGCGAAGACAAUCGCGUGCUAAAGCAGAGCUUGAAAAGAAAUUGAUAAAAGUUAGAAAGCCAUAUCUUCAUGAAUCCCGGCACCAGCAUGCCAUGAGAAGGGCAAGGGGUAGCGGAGGCCGUUUUGCAAAGAAGGUUGAUGCCAGGGCUUUGACCGCCACGGAGGAAGAAAAAGGCUUAGGUUCUGCUGCAGCCCCCUCAUCACAGUUGGCCAGUUCAUCAGGUUCUGGGCCCUUGUCCUCCAAUGCCAAAACUUGGAAUUCUUCCAGUGGUCAUCAUGAAACGAGUGCAUCUGAAGCACUUGACAAGCAAGAAACGCACAUAUAUGUGAAUGGGAGUGGCUACUACCUAAAUAAUGGUGGAUUGCAGGCUUCAAUGUACCACUCGAACAUGAGCGAAAGACAGGAGGAAGGAAACCGUUCAAGCCAGCCAUGGGCAGCUGUUCGAUCAAACAAGGCUCAACAAAGGGCUCUUGCCAUGCAGUGAACUGCAGGGUAGCAGACAAAAGGGGUUGCAGACCCCAGAUAUCAGUUAGGCCCCGCCUAACCAAAGUAGAGACCUUGGGUUCUGGGGUUUCUUGCAAGGCAAGUCGUCCUUGGCAUAUGGUAAUUAUUGCGGACUGGUAAUUCAUCCUUGGCUGUGGUUAUGUGAAAUAGGUGGGUGCGUGGGUGGGGGUAGGGGUGGGGCUACUAGCUUCUCGAGUCUGCUGAUAAACUGUCAUAAUGCUUCUAAAUUCCUUUUUUGUACAAAGAAAGUAAUGACCCCAGGUAAAAACAGUUCGAGUAGAUUUUCAACAGUUACAUGCGACUUGGUAACCAUGUAAAGAGUUGUUUUUUAAUGUGUCAAUCUCUCUCUCUCUCCCCCUCAUUGCGGAGGGAAGUGUUGUUGGCUAUGUGGGGUUACGGUUGACGUUUGAUAAUGUUCCUGAAACUUCUUCCAUUUUCAUUUGACUGGUGGGAUAAAUUGGAGACUCAACAAUAACAGGGUUCUAGUAGUUUUGUUUAAACGAGUCAUAUGGCUUAUUUUAAUGGUUGAACUUAUUUUU